GCUUUCAAAGUGUUUAUAUAAAGUGCUUCGUGUAUCCACUUGUUGAACAUUUACUUAAAUAAAUAAAGUGAUUUGGUUACAUAAACCAGACUUUAAAAAUAAAUUUGCGACCUAGUUUUUAUUUUACCUCCUUUGACAAUGAGACAGACAGCGCUUUUCUUUGUCCGAUUCUAGUAACUAUAUUGAGGAGCGUGUGUGGGGGCCUUGCUCACUCAUCACAGGUGGAUACAAAUUCGUGGAAACGGGGUUUUACGCAGUCUAGAGACGCCACAAUUAAUUAGUUAAAACAAAAUUGAUGCAAAGGUGUUUUGUUCUUCAGCGCUUUAACAGAACGGCUGCCUGUUGCUUAAAUCUAAAUAAGAAAUUUCAUGCCGUUUAAAUUAAAACACACACACAUACAUACAUACAUGUGUAGGCCCAAUAUACCGGCAUAGAUUGUCAAAAUCGUUUGCUUUUGCCAGUUUGUUGUUGAGAAAUAAAUUAAGACAAUAGUUUUUAAGUUCACUUUUUAAUUGUUUUGAGUUAUUUUUUUGUUUGUUCAUAUUUUCACUUAAUUAUUUAUAUGUGGUUUUGAUGCGCAGUGGGCGAUUCCGCCGGCGUGGCAAAGAUUUGUUUAUCGUUGUGUAGUUUUUAAUUUUUUUUUUUUUUUUUUUUUAAAUAAUAAAAGUAACAUAGCCGGACCCGUAGCCAGCCUUAAAAUAAAGUUCAAACAGCAAGGCACCAUGAACCUGUUUGAAGACGGCGAAACGGCGGCUGCCGUUCUCCACAAUCUCAAAUCAGCCGGGAUUAAAAUAAAGAAUUGGAGGAACUGUUUCAUCGACGUCCAUCGACAUACGGAGGAAUUCGCAAAGCCUCUUGCUAGUUUUUCUUUUGGUCGAGAGCUCCACACCCUGCCGCAGUGUUUCAUUCCAGCACUAGGGGGAGAUGUGCCACAUCUCGUCUAGAGCAGGGCGAGUCAGUUCUGUCCUCCUCCUCGGACCCCCAGCCCUGCGAUGUUGCUGCCUUGCUCAAGCAGUUCCUCCGGGAGCUGCCUUCCCCCCUCCUGCCCCUCUCUCUGCAGGCUCCCCUCUGUCGGGCCCAGGGCUUACCGGAUCAGAACCAGCGCCACGACGCCACGCUGCUCCUCACCGCCCUGCUCCCCGCAGCCAGAGCGCUAGUCCUGCGAUACCUCUGCACCUUCCUCAGGAGAGUGGCUGACAGGGUCUCUGAUAACCGGAUGAGCGCUGGAAGUCUGGCGCUGGUUUUCUCACCAAACCUGUUCCAGUGUCCCGGGGCGGGGGGCCGGUUCACUGCGGGGACCGAGCGGCUGCUGGAGAGGCAGGCCAGCGUGCUGAGGACCCUGAUAGGGGCCCCGGAGCGCAUCGGCGUUGUCCCCUCGUCCAUCCUGGACACUGUGUCGCAGUCUCCGUCGGGGGCGGAGCCAGGGUGUGCCACUCCCAGCGGUGAGGUCAUGGAGGAAAGCGAGGAUGCUCACGUGGACAGUGCCACCAAGAGGAGGAGAAGGCGCAGCGUGGGAGAGAUCUUCGUCGAUGCGCUCAGCAAACUGAAGACCACCCGGACCCCCACAAACACUCCCAUCCAACUGGACAAAAAGUGUGCCCUGCAGGGGGCGGUGAGUCUCUCUGUUCACUCCUCAUUCACCGCCAAGCGCAAAGCCCCUGAGGAGGCGGUGCCUGGGCCAGAGAGCUCAGCGAAGAAGAGGCGGUCAGUGCAGGACUCCAGCCACGACCCCCAGAUCCUGUGUCUCUCCCCAACAGCAGCUCUGUUGGCCCCCGAGGACCCUUGUGAGGUUGUUCCCGGCAGCCCGGGGAGCUACCUGGAGCGGACUCUGGGGCCCGGUGCCCCCCCACCCCGACGCACCACUCCCCAGUCCUCCUCCAAGAAGAAAAAGAGGAGGAGGAGAAGCACCCGCACUGACCUGAAACAAGCGGCGAGGCUCCCCUCGGGCCGGGCCUCUUUCCUCACUCCCGUGAAGGUGGAGAGGAACACGGGGCUCCGGAAAUCUCUGCGCCUCUUCACCCUGGGACAGCGCGGCAGCAGGGAUCUGAGUGCACUGGGGCCUCUCAGUUUCGAGGCAGACAGUUGGACGCUGGGCAGGAAGAGGGUGAUUGACAGCCCAGAUAGACCUGCCCACUUCAAAGGGGAGGAGCUAGCCUCUGGACCCGCCCAUCUGGCUGACCCAACAGGAAGUGAGUUGGAAGUGGCGAACAUUGAUCCCCACAUCCUAACCUCCAGCCCAGUUGAGCUGAGCCCCCCUGACACCAGCCUCGCAGUGCAGGUGGACACCCCACUGCAGCCAGACAGACAGGAGGAGAGCGAGAGGGAGAGGGAGAAGGACUGGGAGGAAAGGAAGGAGGAGGAGAGGGAGAAGGACCGAGAGAAGAGAGAAAGGGAGGAGAGGGACAGGGACUGGCUGUCAUUCGAUCUCUUUAGAUCAGGCUGGCGAGGCAAGAGAGCCCCCAGGAGAUCCUUGAGUCUGCCUGAGGGAAUAGCAGAGCUUGGGGGUAAACAGGCAGAGGAAGGGAAAGGAGAGGGGGAGCAGGAGAGAGUGAUAGAAGAGAAGGGAGAGGGAGAGCAGGAAAGAGUGAUAGAUGAGAAGGGAGAGCAGGAGAGAGUGAUAGAAGAGAAGGGAGAGGGAGAGCAGGAGAGAGUGAUAGAAGAGAAGGGAGAGGGAGAGCAGGGGAGAGUGAUAGAUGAGAAGGGAGAGCAGGAGAGAGUGAUAGAAGAGAAGGGAGAGGGAGAGCAGGAGAGAGUGAUAGAAGAGAAGGGAGAGGGAGAGAAGAAGAGAGAGGAAUUCAGCAUUUUCCGGAUGGUCAUGCAAGAUGCCUGGCCCCCGAGGAGAAAGGAGAAGGAGGAUGAGGAUGAGAAGGAGGAGGGAGACAGGCCGGUUAAAAUGGUAGUUCCUGAGUUGGUCGCCCCGCUUGCUGGAGAGGAAGAGGAGAGGGAGGAGAAGAGAAUGGACUGCAGCACUGCUUCUGCUCCUGUGGAAGACGAUGAGGCAGGGAGAGACUCCCUGGUCGUGACGGAGAGGCGAUUCGUGCGGCGGGACUGGUGUAAGAGCCAGCCCCUGAUCCAGACGCUGAGGGAGGAGGGCUGUCUCAGCAGGACUGUGGUGAACCGCUUCUGCCACGGCCAGUGCAACUCAUUCUACAUCCCUGGGGGGGUGGGGCUGGGGGGCCAGGGGGAGGAGCCUUUCAGGUCCUGCGCGUUCUGCAAGCCCCGCCUCCUCAGCACCGUCACCGUGGGGUUCCUCUGCCCCGGACGCAGCCCCCCUGCCAAGAGACGGCGCCUCACCCUGGUCAAGGAGUGUCGCUGCACCUCUAUCGAGCUCCACUGAGAGGGAAGAGACUCCCAUUGCAGAGCGGUUUAGACAGACCAGAUUUUACAUCCAUUCUGUGAGCCC